CCCGCGGCCGCCAUGCAGGGCGAGGACGCCCGGUACCUCAAGAGGAAGGUAAAAGGAGGCAACAUAGAUGUACAUCCAUCUGAGAAAGCCCUCAUUGUCCACUAUGAAGUGGAAGCAACCAUUCUUGGGGAGAUGGGAGACCCCAUGCUGGGGGAACGCAAAGAAUGUCAGAAAAUCAUUCGACUGAAAAGUCUCAAUGCAAAUACAGACAUUGCUUCCCUGGCUCGGAAGGUCGUUGARGAAUGUAAACUGAUUCAUCCCUCCAAACUUGCCGAGGUGGAACAGCUGUUAUACUAUCUACAGAAUCGCAGAGAUGCUUCAGCAGGGAAAGAAAAGAAAGAGAAAUCCAGCAAGCCAAAAGAUCCACCCCCUUUUGAAGGAAUGGAGAUUGAUGAAGUUGCCAAUAUCAAUGACAUGGAUGAGUAUAUUGAAUUACUCUAUGAGGACAUUCCUGACAAGGUGCGCGGCUCUGCCCUCAUCCUGCAGCUUGCUAGGAAUCCUGAUAAUCUGGAAGAAUUGCUGAUCAAUGAAACCGCCCUGGGUGCAUUGGCUAGAGUGCUGAGGGAAGACUGGAAACAAAGUGUGGAACUUGCUACUAAUAUAAUUUAUAUCUUCUUCUGUUUCUCAAGUUUUUCUCAGUUUCAUGGACUAAUCACCCACUACAAAAUUGGAGCUCUUUGUAUGAAUAUCAUAGAUCAUGAGCUGAAGAGACAUGAGCUGUGGCAGGAAGAACUUGCUAAGAAGAAGAAAGCUGUUGAUGAAGAUCCUGAAAAUCAAACACUGAAAAAGGACUAUGAAAAAACCUACAAGAAGUAUCAAGGUCUGGUUGUCAAGCAGGAACAGCUACUGAGAGUUGCUCUUUACUUGCUCCUGAAUCUUGCUGAGGACACUCGCACUGAGCUGAAGAUGAGAAACAAGAACAUUGUGCAUAUGUUAGUGAAAGCUCUCGAUCGAGACAAUUUUGAACUGCUUAUCCUGGUUGUAUCUUUCUUGAAGAAACUCAGCAUAUUUAUGGAGAACAAAAAUGAUAUGGUAGAAAUGGAUAUUGUUGAAAAACUUGUGAAAAUGGUACCCUGUGAACAUGAAGACCUGCUGAACAUCACUCUUCGGCUCUUACUGAAUCUCUCCUUUGAUACAGGCCUGAGAAAUAAAAUGGUACAAGUUGGUCUGCUUCCCAAGCUCACUGCACUUCUAGCAAAUGAGAACUACAAGCAAGUGGCAAUGUGUAUUCUGUAUCACAUAAGCAUGGACGAUCGCUUUAAAUCAAUGUUUGCAUACACAGACUGCAUCCCACAGUUAAUGAAGAUGCUCUUUGAGUGUCCCGAUGAGCGAGUUGACUUGGAACUUAUUUCCUUCUGUAUUAACCUUGCUGCUAACAAAAGAAAUGUGCAACUUAUCUGUGAAGGAAAUGGUUUGAAAAUGUUAAUGAAGAGAGCCCUGAAAUUUAAGGACCCGUUGUUAAUGAAGAUGAUCAGGAAUAUUUCACAACACGAUGGGCCAACUAAAAGCUUGUUUAUUGAUUAUGUUGGUGACUUAGCAGCUCAAAUAUCAAAUGACGAGGAGGAAGAAUUUGUGAUUGAAUGCCUGGGAACACUUGCAAAUUUGACUUUACCGGAUCUCGACUGGGAGCUUGUGCUUAAAGAGUAUACACUGGUUCCAUACCUCAAGGAUAAACUAAAGCCAGGUUCUGCAGAAGAUGACCUCGUUUUGGAAGUGGUCAUAAUGAUUGGAACAGUUUCUAUGGAUGAUUCUUGUGCUGCUCUGUUAGCCAAAUCUGGAAUCAUUCCUGCACUGAUCGAGCUUUUAAAUGCUCAACAAGAAGAUGAUGAGUUUGUCUGCCAGAUCAUUUAUGUCUUUUAUCAGAUGGUCUUCCACCAAGCCACCAGAGAUGUCAUCAUUAAGGAGACUCAGGCUCCAGCGUAUCUUAUAGACCUGAUGCACGAUAAAAAUGCCGAGAUCCGCAAAGUUUGUGACAACACUCUGGAUAUUAUAGCGGAGUAUGAUGAGGAAUGGGCUAAAAAAAUCCAGAGYGAGAAAUUCCGCUGGCACAACUCCCAGUGGCUGGAGAUGGUGGAGAGUCGGCAGAUGGAUGACAGCGAGCAGUAUCUGUAUGGGGAUGAUCCCAUCGAGCCCUACAUCCAUGAGGGAGAUAUUCUGGAAAGACCUGACCUUUACUAUAAUGCAGAUGGCUUAAUAGCCCCUGAUGGAGCAGUGAGUCCUGAGUUCUUCAGUGAUUAUCAUCUUCAGAACGGAGACCUCGUUGGGCAGCAUCCCUUCUCCAGCAGCGUCGGCGCGGAUGGAUUCGGCCAGUCCCCGGGGGCGCCCGGCCGCCCGGCCACCGCCUACGGCUACCGCCCGGACGAGCCCUUCUUCUACGGCUACGGCGCGCGGUGAGAGCGCCCGCGCGCUCCUGCUCCGUAGCCUUCGUGUCCGCCGCUCCCCGCCUGCCGCCCCCGCUUUGGUGCCUGCGUUUGCUCCCCGCUUGCUCUUCGUUGUUGUUGCUAUUUUUUGUACAGUGUUUGCUCCGUGACUUGAAAGCGAGCACGGGAAAGCUGCCGGACUGGAAAGCGUCACGUUAUGUAUAUUAAGCUGCUAAUUUAAUUUCUAUUAAACAUGAAAACCUGCGUUGUCUAACUGUGGUGCUCACGCGUUGUCUAAUGUGUUUCUAAAGGACGUCCCCGUGCGCCWCGAGGCAUUUAAGAGCAGCGCUCCAUGCGAAGCGCCGCUGGCACGGACCGUGUCCCUGUAUUUCUUGCCUGGGAUUUCUUACCAGGUUGUAGCCUCCUCCCUGGGCUCGCUUCACAUCCUGGGGAUGGGUGGAAGAACAGCAUGCCCAGGAUUAUAACCGCUACUUCCUUUAACAGUUUUUAACUAAUUCUUAUGCAAUUUAUUAUAAAAUUCAAGAUCUCUGCAGGAAACUUGAAGGAAACUGUUGGGGCUGCGGUACCAUCCCUUUGAGCUGCCCUGCAUUGCUCUGAGCCCRCGCUCCAUUUGCCCAGCACUUGGUGCUACGUUUCAUUUUAACAAAUUUUAGCUACUUUAUAGUUCCUGCUGUGACCAAAAUCACCGAAACUGCACAUUCACACGCGGGCUUUUCUUUUUAGGACUGACAUUCCGCAUUAGGCUCUUCCAGAAAAUUAGUGUGAAGUUAUUUAAAGCUUUCC